CUGGGGUGGAGCACUGAGAGUCCGUCGCCCCCGUCUGGCUCGGAGUGGUACUGCAGACCGUUCACAAGCAGUCGGUAUACUUUUAUAGGCCAACGUCGGUUUUAUUAUAAUACAUAAUUGUAUGAUUAAUUGUGUGUUGUUGAAUUCACAACGUUGUACGGUUGUACAAUAUUAAACAGGAAUGAUCCAGGACGUUAUAUAUAUUAUCUUUAUUAGCGGUAGUCGACUUGUUGCCAACAUUUUAUAAUAAAAAUCUAAAUUUGCCAGUAUGUUCAGGAUUUGUUGAGUUACUUAAAUUUGAUUAUAAGGGAGGAUUUCAAGUUUUACAAAUAUUUGAUUGUUGCACGCUGCAGUGCAGUCCGUGUCGAUCACGUUUGGCGUAGGACGGUCCAGUAACAGAGGCGUCGCGAGCUCCUGGAUUGGACUGCGCAAAACCACGGUCCGGAUUUGUCCCUGACGUCAUCACGGGUAGCAAUAGAAGUGGUCUUUGACAGGACGUCGAACAAGACCAUCGAAAUCACACAGCAGUGAAUUGAAACGGGAAGACUAUGCUGAGUUCUUGGCGAUUGAGUAUCACAGAGCGCUAAAAAACACAAGGGACUCGCUUUACUUGCUCUUUAAGAACCCGACACGCAAAGAAGAUGCGAUACCGUCACACAAUAGAACCGCUCCGGUGUUAAAGGGACUCGCUCUCGGUUGGUCGUCCUCCGCACAGCGUCUCGGUCUGCAGCGUUCAACCGGGAGACAUAAGCGGUCACAGAACCAACUAAUCCCCGCAACGGUCACAACACUGGGCGCCCCAUUACGAGGCCUUGGACCGGAGGGAAAUGGCAAUGGCAGCAAGAACUGGACUACAUACUAGAAAUUAAGUCGGUCGUUUAAUAUCGUGGAUAUUGAGUGUUAUGCUAAAUACGUUUAUUUUGAAUUCAACUGGAAAUGGGAGCUUUUAUAAGCAGACAGAACAUAGGCGUGGAAGAAGUGGACAUCCCGUCCAAUUCGGUGUACCGUUAUCCGCCGAAAUCGGGAAGUUACUUUGCCAGUCAUUUCAUCAUGGGAGGAGAGAAGUUUGACUCCACCCACCCAGAAGGUUACCUGUUUGGGGAGAACACUGACCUUAACUUCCUGGGAAUCAGACCUGUGGCGUUCCCGUAUGCGGCCCCCCCACCCCAGGAACCCGUGAAAACGCUGAGAAGCCUUAUAAACAUCCGGAAGGACACACUGCGGCUCGUAAGGUGUAGCGAGGACCUGAAGUUGCCGGGUGAGGAUGAGGAGGCGGUGAAGAACAGGGCCUGCUAUAACAUCGAGUUCACGUUUGACGCUGACACACAGGUGGCCAUCACCAUCUACUACCAAGCGAUGGAAGAGUUCCACAGCGGGGUGCCAAUCUACCUUCCUCAGGACAGCUCCCUGCAGUCGGAGACGGUGCACUUCAAGAGGGGAGUCAGCCAGCAGUUUUGCCUGCCGUCCCACUCGGUCAACCUCAGCGAAUGGGCUGACGAGGAGCUGCUGUUUGACAUGGACAAGGAGGUCUUCCCCAUGGUGGUGCAGGCGGUGGUGGACGAGGGCGAAGAACAUAUGGGCCACUCCCACGUGUUGCUGGCAACUUUUGAGAAGCACGUGGACGGAAGCUUUUGUGUGAAACCGCUGAAGCAGAAACAAGUGGUGGACGGGGUCAGCUACCUGCUCCAGGAGAUCUAUGGCAUAGAGAACAAGUACAACAGCCAGGAAUCAAAGGUGGUGGACGACGAGAUCAGCGACAACAGCGCCGAGUGCGUGGUGUGUCUGUCGGACAUCCGCGACACGCUCAUCCUGCCCUGCCGCCACCUGUGUCUGUGCAACGCCUGCGCCGACACCCUGCGCUACCAGGCCAAACUGCUGCCGGUGUGCGUGCUCAGCGUUCGGGCGCUGCUGCAGAUCCGCGCCAUGAGGAAGAAGCUGAGCCCGCUGUCCCCCGGCAGCUUCAACCCCGUCAUCACCUCCCAGACCUCCGACUCAGAGGACAACUCGGCGAUGGAGCACAUCCCCCCGGGUUACGAGGCGGUGUCCCUGCUGGAGGCCCUCAACGGGCCCCUGAGCACGUCGCCGGCGGCCCCCCCGCUCCACUCGGGCCCCAGCCACAUCACCGGGGCCCUGCCCCCCUACAGCGGCGAGAGCCACCCGGCCCCGCCCCGCUCCCCCUCCCCGCUGGACCCCUCCAACUCCAGCCAGGGCGGGAAGCUCAAGAAGAGCGGCUCCAAGUCCCUUUCCCAGAAUUCCUCUGUGCUCCAAGAGGAGGAGGACGAGAAGUCUUGCAGUGAGUCUGAGGCCCAGGCGUGCCGUCGCAAGCUGCCCGUGGACCCGCCAGAGUGCGGUGUGACGCCAGACAGUGAGAACCUGACUCUGUCGUCUUCCGGAGCCAUCGACCAAUCGUCCUGCGCCGGCACGCCCCUAUCCUCCACCAUCACGUCCCCUGAAGACCCGGUGAGCAGCAGCUUGGCCCAGUCGGUGAUGUCCAUGGCCUCGUCCCACUCGCAGCACUCCCACAUCAGCACUGACACCAUGUCCUCCAUGUCAGGGGUCCUACCUGGCGGGGGCGAGGGGGAGCCCCCCCGCGGGGCCGGGGACGGGGGCUACGCCGCGGGGGACAACCACCCGGACACCCCCAUGAGGAGCCGGGGACCCUCCCAGCAGGACGGGGGUCUUUCCAUGGAGCCAAAGGAACCAAAAUACUCUGUGUCACUGGAGGAGCAGGACUCUGAGGGCAACGACGUCACGGAAGAGGACAGCCCGUCGCCGUCUCAAGAAAAGGGUGGGCGGAGCAGGUGUCCAGAGUUGGCCAAUAACAAUCAGGGCGACGCCCUCUGUGACACGCCCUCUUUUGGGUUAGGAAAUGAGCAGGCUUCCGACAGCCGAUUCGCUGGUGAGGAGACGUGCCCAGUGCACAUUGAGGACUGUCUAGGGUAUCUGGGGGGCUACCCCGGCCCGGUCAGGAGACCCUCCCCCCCCACCACAGGAAACUUGAACCUGGAGGAGAGCGGGCCGGGGACCCGGGAGGCCCAGGGUCCUAAACACCCCCGCCACGGGCCGCUCAUCGUGUAGAACCCCCUCACACACACACACACACACACACACACACACACACACACCACACACACACACACACACACACACACACACACACACACACACACACACACACACACACACACACACACACGUCCAUAACGUGACAUAUCGGCAUGUCACUGGAUGCUGCACUCAUCGCCAGGGACACCCCCCCCCCCCCCCUGUUUCCGUUCUACAUAAACCCCUCCCACUCUGCCCGGACGAAACUGUCAUCUUGGAAAAAAAAACAAAAAACUAGUUUCCGUCCAGAGAGGGACGAAACAAUCAGUCCACAUUAUCGCUGUGGCCUGCCAUCCGACAUUCUCCCUCUGCCUCCUCGGUGUGACCCCAUGUGUAUUUAUUGAUCUGUUUUAUCCACUGUCAUGACUUUGUGUUUUGGCAUUAUUGGUCCCCUGCCCCGAUCCCAAUCCUCCCACCUUCUCCACGCCCCGCCCCGCCCCGCACCGCAUCCUUUGUAAAAGCCUCAGGAGGAAGAGCGGGGUCGAUCCCUGGCUCUUCCUAGCUAGAGUGCCCCUGAACAAGACCACCUCAACCCUAAGUGUUCCCGACCAGCUGGCUGUUGCCUUGCAUGGUUGACGACCACGUCGGCGUGAAUGUGUGCAAAGCACUUUGGUGGGUUAGAAAAGCGCUAUAUAAAUGCAGUCCAAUUAACAUUUACCAUUUACCACUACUACUACUACUAGUACUACUACUACUACUACUACUACUAGCAGUAGUACUACGACCAGCGAAACAGUCAGGGGCUACUGUGAUCGGCAAUCAAAUUGUUAUCAAUGUGUUCUUAAUAACACAUGCUACAACAACAACAACUAAAAUCAGUCAGCCACACCGGACUUCCUUACAAUACUGGACUGGAGGGGGGGGGGGGGUAUCAGUUUGGAAAAAUCCAAGUCCCUGGUUUUGCAUGCAGCUUUCUUAGGGCUUCACUAACUUCUACAGAUGUAACUUCUUGUCAAGCACAGUUACUAUAAUGGACAGCGAUGGACACCUGCUCUGAAUUUGGAUUCAGUGAUGAAAGGAUUCGAUUGGACCAAGUGGGUCUCAAAAUGGCAGGCCAUGAAGCAUUGGACUCAGGACUGUUCUAAUCGACGCAGAAGAGGACCAUAUGGGAAAAGGGAAUACAGAAUGUAUAACGAAACAUGAACACUUUUCAGAAGGGGAAUGUACGCAAAAUGUGUUGCUGUAGGUCUCGUUUUUGUUCUUUCAAACUAGAAUAGCCCUUCCAACAUUGACCUUUAACCUGCAUCCUCAAAGGUGUUUAAUUUCUCCUCCUCCCUCAAACAAUGUCACACUUUCCUCCACAACCACCGUUUUAGCGUGUCAGUGAAAGUCGCCAGUAAGCUAACAGCCGCCGAGCAAUAACACAAUGGUCCUUCAGCUGACAUCCUAAACACAAAUCAAACUUGUUUUUCCUUUGUGUGUUUGGAAAAACUCAAUAUGGGAUUUUGAUUUGGUUUGGUUAAGUUUGAUGCUUUUGUUUUGCAUUGUGUUGAGGGCCUUUGGGUUUUCCCCAGUGUUUUAAGGGGGGCGUUCGUCAAGCCUGAAGCGACCUCGUAAGCGAUAUCAUCAUGGCUCUGCCUACUUUCCCACAGUGAAUUCCUCUAUGGGAAAAAAUAAUUGUACUUAUUUCUGUGACAACAGUCAAUAUUUAACAUUAACAAAACUAAUGUGUGUAUUCCUCAAUUCAAUUGAGCUGCUUUUUGCGUUUUCUGUAUCUUUUGAGGUCAAAUUCUGGAUUAAGCUAACAUUAAGCUAAAAACCAUUCUAAAAGGGACCCUAUCUGGUUGCUAAGGGGAAGUGACGCAGGUUUGUUCCUAAGGCCAUAUAUGGGCAGUCAUUUACAAAGUCUACUACACUGUAGGUUUGUGAACAAAGAUGGUGUGACUUUGAGACCAUGUUAUGGUUGCCCAGUAUUUACAUUCUCCAUCUUGUAUCUCCAUGUCAUUGAACCUCUGUUCCGGUCUUGAGACAGCCCCUCCUUUGUGAUUUUCUAUUUUGAUUUCCUUUUGUAUAAUUUUAAGUGUAUAGAGCUCACCUGUUAAUGUCAUUGUUCUCUGUUAUGUGUUUUAUUUGUGUGCAAAACACUGUGUUGUUGAGUGUACCAUGAACUAUUAAUAUGUGAAAUUAGUAAUAGUUUACACUGAUGCAGACACACACACAAACGCACGCACACACACACACACACACACACACAACACACCACACACACACACACACACACCACACACACACACACACACACACACACACACACACACACAUGGGAGCGUGCACCACACACACACUCCAAUGGAAAAUUAUCAACCUUGAAUGCACUAUGAGCUGUUUCCUAGACAACACACUUUGCUGUGCAUGAGGCGGUGAAGUAAAGUCUGCAUGUUAGUCUAGGUCGGUCUGCAACCUUUCAAAAAUAGAAAUCCAGUUAACCGCGUAUAUAUGGCUCUAGGAUCUCCCAGAAUAAAUCGCUCAUAUCCUUCUGUAUCGGCUGGUCGCCUCCUGCACUAUUAUCCACCUAGGCUACAGGGUCAUGUGACACCCCCCUUGAUGUUAUGACACACACCUAAAGCUUGGGAACAUCUGCCCUCGGAGCCCUGCUCUGACCCCGGAAAACACGAAGGAGGGAGAACUACCCGGUCUACCCACUUUUAUAGAAUUUAAGAUUGAAAACGUUGACAUAUUAAUUCUCCAAAAGAAAAAUAAAAGUUGUUGUUUUUCCACUUAAAUCAGAUGCUUCUGCUUUUUUUUCUAAUAAAAAACGUAAUUUCUGUG